CACAAAAUGGCAGCAAAUCUGAACAAGCCUGCGGAUUUUCUCGGUAUUGUGAUAAAAUUGUAAUUGUAAUUGUAGCUACUCUAGCCGAUAUACUCACUCUUUUUUUUUUUUCUUUAAAGAAAAUUUUUUAAACAUUAUUUAAAAUAUUGAAUUUUGAGGUAGCUAUUUUUCCUAAUUGGUUCUGCUUUUAAUUUUAUGACACUUUGUAAUUUUGUUUAACUAAAAUUUUUAAAAAUAAACUCUAUUGUCUAUUGUCUAUACAAUUACAAAGUAGCCAAAGUUGUCAUUAAUUAACAUAAAAUCAGAAAAGUAAGACGAAUCAAUCAGGCUACUACUCAAUUAAUAUUAGUUUUAGUAAUUAGGUUUAGCCUAAGUCAGUGAAGUUAGUAACCUAGCUUUUCAUCGUCUGCUCUUCAAAUAACAUUCUUUUAUUGAUCCAAAUAAAUGGAAAUUCUUUUCAGCACAUAAAUUAUUCUUCCCAAGAAAGCUUAAACACUUAAGUAUAUGAAAAUGAAAAUAAUAUGUAAGCAAACAGAGUUUGAGUUUAUGCAUAGUCGCCAUUGUUCACCCCCAAGCCCAACGUAACAAUGAAGCUCUUGAAAAUAUCAUCUCUAUGACAAUUAUUGCUGAAUAAGAACUCAUGUAAAUAAGAAGGGAAAAGAUCAUUGCUGGUACCAAACUCUAUUCAGUUUGCACUUUGCACAUGCACAUAUUUUCUACAUUCUAUAUGUGGACAGUGGACACCAGAAUCAUUUUGAUCAAAGAAGUUUAGGUGAUGGACUAUAAAAGAGGGUUCAUAGAUUCCACGUUUGAUCUGAUUUAUGUUUGUAUAAGCCGCCCAUCCAUCCGAGACAAUUUGUGAACCUUGUAGAAUAUACCUCUCUAUGUACUCCUGUAAAGGGAUUGCACGUCUUUCUGGCAGAAACAAGAAAACAACACCCACCCUUUCUUUCUAUGCCAUCGAAAACCCAGUUGCCCUCGCUCCACUGUCCAUGGUGCUAUUUCUGGUAAAUAACACUUCAGACCUGAAAAACAUAAAUUUUGAAUAGCAGAAUAGUAUUAAUUAAAUUUCUUGAUCUCCCAGACUAGCUAGUUUUUGUAGCUGUACAGCUAUAGUAACAUGUUCACUAUUGUCUUGAUACAAGUUUUGUAUUAGUUUAUGUAGCCGAUAGGCGAAUGUAAGAUGAAUGGUGGGGAUAGAACUAUUAAUUAAAUGUUUAGAAAUGAACUCUAGAAGCAAAUUAUAUCAAUCAGUUAUUCAUAGUGUUAUUUUUCUGUAUAAACUAUGCUAGGUUAAAACAUAUGCAUUAUAUUUUUAUAUGUUUUAAGAUUUUCAAAUGUUUAUAACUAAUGUUUAUAUUUGAAAAUAAUCAAUUUCUGUGCUUAAGAAUAAAAAAAAAUUCACAUUGGUGAAAUAGCAGGCUAUUUAUUAAAUAUUGAUAUACUACACAUUAACAAAAAUUAUUUUUUUUCCAGCUACACCUAAGGUUUCUAGAGAUGUUGUACUAAUUCCACCAUCAGAAUUUGAAAAACCUAAAAUAUUUCAAGUUAAAGAGCUUGAGAAGGUCAAGCAGCAAAUUGAAGAUUUGCGUCAAGAAAAUGAAAGAUUAAGGUAAUAUGUUUUAUGCAUUAGCUUGUGAUAAUUCUUUAUUACCAUAUGCAAUGUCUUAACAGUUAAAGAUUUCAACUAAUUAAGUUUUCUAACCUUUUUUUUUUAAAAAAGGAUUUUAACACUUACACUCAUCAGUGUUAUUAUUAUUUGAAUAUAUUAAAAUGAUUUAGAUGAGUUACAUCAUUUUAAAAAUUGUAAAUUUAAGUUUUUAAAAGGCUACCUGUUUUUGUACUUUUCAUUGAAAUAUCUUAUUUGCUAACAAAUUUUUUUUUUCUUUUAAUCAAUUUUAAAGAUCAGUGCAAAGUCAGAGUCAAUCUCAGAUUCAAGUGAGCUCAUGUAACUUAUGUUGAAAAAUAUUGAUUAGAUCCUUAUUAAACUAGAAACAAUUUCAAGUUCAUUGUAAUUAUGAACAUUAAAUCACUCUCACAUUGUUUCAAUGCCUUUACAAAUAAAUGAUAAAUAAUUACAUUCUAAAUUUUAACAUUAUUUAAAACUAAUCUUUACCAGCGUCAACAGUGGAACAUGUCAAACCCAUUCAAAUUUUUUUAAAUUUUCAGGUACCUUCUUUUUCAUUGCCUCAUAACGAAUAUGCAGAUGAAUUGAUAAAAAGGCAAGGUGGCGAAAUAGCAGAGCUGAAAUCUGAACUCAUUAAAUGUCGACAGGCUUAUAAACAAGAGGUGGGUGAAUGGAAUAGAAAAGUUGAAUUUAUGGAAGAAGAACACCGUCAUGAAUUAAAAAGAUUGGAGAAGGAAUGGGAAAGAAAAGAAGAUGAAUUUGAACAAAGAGUAAGUAUUGCAAAAUUUAAUAUCAAAUGUUCUACCAAAACUAAAAGUCUCCAAGUAAUGGAAAUUUAUGCCAAUGUAAUAUUAUGAAAUUUGAUUUUCUAAAUGUUUACUAAAUCUUUAGGGAUUGAUAAAUCAAAAUAUUAAAAAAAUCUUAACAUUUAUGAAAUUAAUAAAGAAAAAGACGUUAUGAGCCCUUUUUCAGAAUGUUCUAUUUGCUGAUUUUAAUAUUUCAAGUAUGCAAGAAUUAGCAGUGAGCUUCAAAGGACAUUAGAAGAUACAGAAACUGAGACAUCAGUUUUAAAUGAUAAACUUGAAAAGACCAGAACAGCUCUAAGCAACAGAGUUAAGGAGUUGGAAGAUACUCUCAAUGUUGUUCAAAGGGAGAGUGAAAGGACAUUAAAUCAGCAGGACGUUGAACUCAGGUACAUGUCAUAUAUAUAUAUUUCAUCAGUCGAAAUCAAUUAGGACCGCCUUAAUCAUCAGGUACAUGUCACAUGGGUUAUUGAAUGACAGAUUUGAUAUAUAUUGGGGAUACUGAUUAACAAAGGUAAUAUAUAAUUAUUUUUUGGAAUAACUGUUAAUAAUGCAUUUCACUGAAGUAUAUCUAGGCCAUAAUCUUAAUCGUGGUAGUAUAACUUGAUAAAAAAUUUACAUCUACCACUUUUUCCACCCCUGAGGCCAUCUUAAUUCCUAUUUGAUGUUUCUAAGCUCAACUCCAAUAAGAUUAGUAGGUCUAAUUAAAACAGACCUAAUAAUAUAAUUUAAGAAAAUAAAAAGUAUACUUUCAAUCUCAACAAUUUCUUUCCUUUCAAUUCGUGUUAAUGUCAUCCAAUCCAUGUUUACAUAAGGAUUGACCAACCAUACAAAGCCAAACAAUAGCCAUGACCAAUGAUAUGAAAGCUGAACAAGCCAGUUGCUCUUUUCUCCUAUUAAAUAUAAAGGUGUUUUUUUCUAGUUUGUUGUAAACUGUCAUGCCUCACAUAACUCACUGAAGAUGUUAAUGUCUUGAGCUUGUCAAUGUUCAAUUUCCUGCAUGAAGGAACAAAUCUAAAAUCAUUGAGGAUCAGGCCCACCAGAUUUCCAAAUUAAAGACCUACAUUGGAGAAGCAGAGCAAACUCACAAGCCUGCCCAUGUGUGGAGGGUGGAAAAAGAAACUGUGGAGAACAAGUUGAAAAUCGCAAGAGCAGAAAAUGAGAAACUGCAAUCAGAAUUGGAACUAAUGGAUGUGCGAUUUAAAGCACUGAGUAACAUACUUGCAGUUCAAGAGGCUGAACUAAGCAAGGUUAGCAAGCAAACAAUGAAAUUCUCUACUAAACAUAAGCUGUUAAGACAAUUAAGAAAAUUAUUUGCUAGCUUACUAAAGCUUUUAUUGCUCAUUUAAAAGAGUUUAAGUUUAAGAUACAGUUAAAGUUGAUUUAAUAUCUAUUUCAGAAUAUAAUGUUUUAAACAAUACCAUUUGAGGUAUUUUCCUUUAUGCUUUUACUUUAUAAAUCUCAUAUAUAUAUAUAUAGUUACAUUCUCUAUGCUUCUUAGGUGCUCAAAUUCAUUCUUAAAUAAAAUUUCACACCCCUAACUGAUUUGAAUUGUGAUGGCAUCUCCUGUUUAGAUGUAAAAGCCUUAGUCAUAAAUAUAUUUUGUAAUUUUAACUAGUUUUUUUUCAUUUUCAGCCCAAUACAGAAGGACUUGGUUUAUCAAAAAAUCUUUUGAUUACCAGGUAAGUAAUAUUUGUCUUUUAUUUUCAUUCCUGCUUUUUAGUAUUUAUCUCUUUUUUUUCAAUUAAAAGACAUUUUUAAGAGGUUUCUAAAUUAUAAUUAGUAAUAUAUAUUUUUUUAAGAUGGAGAGAAAAGGUUUUUAGUCUUCUAGUGCAGCAAAAAUCUUCUGAAAUUGUGCACAAGAAUGAUGUGAAUAACUUAAACCAAAAGGUGAGUUUUGAAAUGUGACACUUAAUAAAAUAUUUUAAAGCCAUUCUUUGCAAAUUUAUAUUAUUUUUUUUAAAGAGAAUAUAGAACUAAUGCCUUUUAAGUUGUCACUCUUAACGGUAUUUUAAAAAACAUGUUUUUAGUCUAGAUUGUAUUUCAGUUUUUCAAUCAUUGAACAUUUUGUUGGAGAUUUAGUUAUCACUUUUUCCUUAUAAAAUGGACUUUGUUUAAAUUAGAAUUUUAUUUUUUUCAUUCAGCGAUGCAAAAUAUUACUUGAAUAAAUUUGAACCUUAACUCUUCUCUUUUAAAUUGAAAGCCUUAUUUAAAGAAGCAUUAUUUAAAAUUCAUUUUUUGGGGGGUAUUUUUACACAAGUUAUAAAUUAAAAACAGUUAUUUGGAAAAUUAUAUAUGUGUAAUGAAAAAAAUCUCUCUAUAAUUAAUAGCUUUGGAAUCAUAUUCAAAUUCUUGCAUCUUUUCAAAUAAAUUAAGCCGUAUGAAAAAUAAUUUAGAAUAAUAUCUUUAACAAAUAGAUCUAAUUCAAGUCAAAAAAUUUAUUUUUUAAAUUGAAAAAUUAGAUUAGAGGUUUAACAGACAAACUGGCUGCCAGUGAUGCUAAUGUUGAAGUAUUCAAGCUUUCUUUAGUAGAUAAAUCUGCCCAACUUCAGAUGGAAAGAAAUAGCAAAGAGGUAAAAUGUAUAUUUUAAACUUCCUGUAAUAUAAAGAAACUUUAUUUAUCUGGAUGUUGAAUGUAAUUUGUCUUGAUUGGAAUUAAAACUUAAUCAUUAUAACUAUCUUUAUUUCCUCAGCGACUGCAGCAGGAGUUGGAUCAUUUAAAUAAAGUUGCCAUUUGUUUAGAUGACCAGUCUAGGGACAGCCUGGACAGUGUGAAAGGCCUUACAGAAUUCAUAGAAAGGUUCUUAUUCCUAAUGAUAAUACUUGACAUUAUUGUUUCAAUGUUUUUCAUUUUUAUAUUCAGUUAUAUCUUUUUUCUAUAAAUUCCUAGAUAAGAGACACCUUGACAAAACACUUAAAAUAAAUAAAUAUUUCUUAAGUAUGUCCAGUUUGGGGGGGGGGUGUAUGGGGAGCUACUAGAGCAAAGGUGGGGAACUUUUUUUCUGCCAAGGGUCAUUUGGAUAUUUAAAGCAUCAUUCGCUGACCAUAAAUAAAUCAGGGCUGGCGCCCUAGUGACUGUCUCAGGCAUGGAAUCCCCGCACAUCUCAGCAUUCUCAGGGUGAUGUAAUUUUCAUGGAAUGAAUUUAAAUCAUGAUCUUGCGGGUCCUUGCUUGUCCUUCAAAAUUUAUGUUAUUUUUAUGAUUGACUAAAUACAAAUUAAUGUUAGUAUGAAAAAAAACUCCAAUAUUUAUUGGGUUCUAAAUUCCACCGACAGGCCAAACCAAACGAUCUCACUGGCUUUUUGUGGCCCACGGGCUGGAUGUUCCCAAGCCCUGCACUAGAGGAAUAGAUUAUCUGAGUGGACAGGGAUAAUGACUGAGAAUAAAGAUUAUAUUAUGGCACUAUGGAGACAUUGGUUGAGAUGGUAUUUUUCUUGGGGUUUGGAAGCCUUUAAGGGAGUGAGGGUUAAUGGAUGAGUUCUUUAGCAGGAGUGGAUAUUGUACUAGUUCAUGCAAAACUACUCAGUGCGCUAACCCAGAUUAACUUAAUGGAACACUAAUAAAGUAUGUACAUCAAGUAAAUGGCUUAAAUUAGCCGAUAUGGGAAAUAGUGAUAUUGGAAUAGUGAGAUGGUAUUUUGUGGGCAGGGGUAGUUGUUGGGGAUGUGCAAGAAGGGUUUGGGUUGUUUUUUUGGUUACAUUUUAAUUUUAUUAAUAAUUUUUUUCGACCGGUUUAAAGGCAGUGGAUUCUUUAGGGAAAAGGGACAUUUAUUUUUUUUUAGUAGAUGGUGAAUGGGUGUAGAGGAAAGGCGUUUGGAGGAAGGUGAGGGGUGUGUGGGGGAAAGGAUUUUGGAGGAUGGUGAGGGGUGUGUGGGGGAAAGGAAUUGGGUGGAUGAUGGGUUAUGAUUGAGUGAAGAUUCAGAAUUGACAGAACAGUAAGCUGUUGAGGGCUGCUUAGCCGAAACAUACAAUAUUUUAUAUUGACCGUCCUCUGGUUUUUAUUUAACCUGUGCAUAUUUCUUUUUACUGUCACAUGUAGAUUGUUGUGUAAUAUGCCUAAAAUUAUACCUUGGCAACACCAAAUGAACCUUUUUUUUACUUAGUCAAAACUUAGCAUCUGGUAUUGAUUCUUUUUUUUUUUUUUUUUUUUUUUUUUUUUUUUUUUUUUUUUUAUUUUUUUGCUUUUUUUUUAUUUUUUUUUAUAAAAAUUUUUGUUAUUUUUUUUUUUUUUUAUUUUUUUUUUUUUUUUUUUUUAUUAGUUUUUUUUUUUUUUUUUUUUUUUUUUUUUUUCUUUUUUUUUUUUUUUUUUUUUUUUUUUUUUUUUUUUUUUUUUUUUUUUAUUUAAUUGUUAAUUGCUCAGACAUUUGAAAAUUCUGUUAAUAAAAAUGUCAGCACCUUAUUUUUUAAUUAAUAUACUUUUUUUGACAUGUACCAAGACUUUUUUCUUUACUUCUAUUUUUUUUUUCUAAGGAUUUAUCAGAAAAAUGAAGUCCAAAUGAAGGUUAUGGAGGAAAAGUCUAAUGUUUUAAAGGUGAUGUGUCAGAGAGUUAGCUUUGCAGCAAGCAGAAUGGAUCUUUUGAAAGGUAAUAAUAAAAAUCAAUGGAAGAAUGGGGGCAUCAAAUUUAAUUUACUUAAUACUAAAUUUGACACUAGAAAUUUUCUUUCUUUUUUUUUACUGUCAUUGCAACUUGUUUUUUUCUAAAAUUAAAUUAUGUUAAUUGUCUUUACAUUUUUUUUUUUUAAAGCCCAGAUAAUUAGAAAAUCUGCAAUUGAUUUUAGUUAUGAUAAAUCAAGCUCAGCUUCAAUAUUACACUGUAAGGAAAAAGUAGAAUCCAAGUAA